CGCACCACACAAACAUUUCCAUUUCCCCUAAAUGCCACCUAUUUGCCCAGGAUUUUCCUCCUCUACAAUCUUGUUCUCAAUUCAAUCCUCUUCUAUCUGCUCCCCAAGUAGUUGAGAGCCUUCCUCCCUCCCUCCUGGUUCCCGCACCAACCCAAUCUCGUCGUCGUGUACCCCAUUCCGUCUCUGCUGCAAAGGAAAAGAAUGGACCCGACAGAGCUGAAACGCGUUUUCCAAAUGUUCGACAGAAAUGGGGAUGGGCGGAUCACCAAGAAGGAGCUCAACGACUCCUUGGAGAAUUUGGGAAUAUUCAUUCCGGAUUUGGAAUUAACCCAGAUGAUCGACAAGAUCGAUGUCAAUGGCGACAAUUGUGUCGACAUUGACGAGUUCGGCGAGCUGUACCAGUCCAUCAUGGCGGAGCGGGACGAGGAGGAGGACAUGAAGGAGGCAUUCAACGUGUUCGAUCAAAACGGAGAUGGGUACAUCACCGUAGACGAGCUCCGGUCUGUGUUGUCGUCGCUGGGGCUGAAGCAGGGUCGGACGAUAGAUGACUGUAAGAGAAUGAUAAUGAAGGUGGAUGUCGACGGCGACGGCAGGGUCAACUUUAAGGAGUUCAAGGAGAUGAUGAAGGGAGGGGGUUUCAGUGCCUUGACUUGAUUAAUUAAUUAAUAAAUAUAAAAUUUUUGUAAAUAUUUUCGGGGGAUAAUAUCAGAUUUUUUAUCCACCUCAUGGCCUCGUGGCAUUGGUGGGUUGUUGCCAAGUGCCAGACAUGUUGCAGAGUGAGAAUUAUCUUAGGGAAGGAGAGGACCAAAGGGGAAACAGAGAGAUUUAAUGUGUUUUGGAUUUGUGGGUCUUGGUUAAUGAUUUCCCAAGGGUUGUUAUUGUUUUGGUUUAUCUUUGUGAUUCUUUCUCUUCUUUUCCAGUCUUAUGCUGAUGUGAUCUUGUUAUGAUCUUGUUAGGUUUGGAGUAUCUUGCUUUCAGCAUUGAAAUCUGACUCAUUUGUCAUAAUUUCUACUUUUCUGUUUUUAAAUUGGAAUAUAGAUCCGAGAUAAUAUUCGAAGUGCAGACGUGGAUGUGU